AUAGAAAUGUGUCACCAUGACCUCAUUAUAAGAAGAAUUAUACGAGAGUGAAAGUGUCAUUGAUACAGGGUCUACUCUACUGGACUGACCUUUUAAGGGUUGUAUACUUGUCAUAAACGGUGACAAUGGUGUGGACAGAGAGCCUCCGUAACCUGGUGUUAGCGGUGUAUGGAUUCACUCUGAUCACUGGCCUCCCAGCUAACAUCCUGGCUUUCUACACCUUCUUCCAGAAAGUUCGCCAGCGGUCCACCCCAAUAGAUGUCCUGUUACUCAGUUUAACUAUUUCGGACCUGAUCUUCCUCUUCUUCCUGCCGUUUCGUAUGGUGGAGGCAGCAAACAUGCAAUGGACACUGCCGUACUUCCUCUGCCCGCUGUCGGGUUUCAUCUUCUACUCCACAAUCUACAACAGCACUUUCCAUCUGACAGCCAUCAGCGUGGAACGCUACCUGGGUGUGGCCUUUCCCAUAAAAUACAAGCUAAAACGCAAUCCCCGAAAUGCAGUGAUAGCCAGUGGUAUAUUCUGGGUGGUAUCCAUGGCGCACUGCAGUAUCGUCUAUAUCAUGCAAUACCACAACCAUUCCAACCCCAACAUCACCGAUCCAUCCAAACGGAACACUUGUUAUGAAGAAUUCAGUCCCGAACAGCUCAAAAUCCUCCUGCCGGUGCGCAUGGAACUUUUUGCUGUGCUGUUCUGCGCACCUUUCCUCAUCUGUUGCUUCUGCUACAUCAAGUUCAUCCACAUCCUCUCCAAUCUGCCCAACAUAAACUCCAAGAAGCGGUUCAGGGCAAUUGGGAUGGCAUUGGGCACGCUUCUGGUCUUCAUUAUCUGUUUCUUGCCCUACAAUGUAUCGCAUGUUGUGGGAUAUGUAGGCAACUACAGCCCUGAUUGGCGAGUGUAUGCGCUGCUCACCAGCACGUUUAAUGCAUGUCUUGACCCAUUCAUAUUCUACUUCUCUUCCUCAGCACUCAGAGGGACUUUCAAGAAUGUCUUGCGAGAGCUGGUCAGGCGGCUGACCCUUCCCUGCUGUCGCUCUGCUCUCAAAUGCCCCCUAUUGAACUGUGUGAAUACAGAGGAAAGAACUCAGAGUUCUACUGAUAGCGUCCCCUUUGGCCAUUAACUUACUUAAUGCAAGUAUGCAAAUGCUUGACCAAUGCAUUGCAAGUGUGUAGUUCAGUUGAACAGACUAAUGGUGCACUCUUGCAUUGCUCUGGUGGUAACAACCCUAUGCAUUCAAAUGGCUAUAGAGUAAAUUCAGGUGCCAUUAAACCAAAUUCUGAAGUAACAUAGCGAUGGUACAACAGGAAUUAAAGAAACCUGCUACCAAUUUAGAUUGAACAAAUUGAAAAGUGUCAACUGGGAGUCAGAGGGAAAGUGUGUAAUUUCUGCGGCACUAUGGCACCAAACAGAACUGCAAAAAUAAUUGUUUUUGAACAGGUUUUCGAAACACUCCGCCAUCUGCAAUUGUUUACCCUGCAGAUUGCAAUUCCAGUUGGCUGCACUAGUGGUUCAGAAAUGACACAUUUCACCAUUGUCACAUCUGCAUGACUAUUCUUUUGACAUAUUUCGUUUGUGUAAGUUUGAGUGGGCAUGAUUGUAAUUUAAUAUAUUUAUAAAGAGAGAUGUAGGUCUCCUGUGCUUUGUGACUGGACAUCUUUGGCUAAUGGCUGGACCAACCAAAGGGUAAAAGUUUGAAUGAUUAGUUUUAUUUUCACACUGAAUGUCAAGUAUAAACAUUGCACUUUACAAUUUAUUGUUGAAUUUUUGUAAAAAUGUUUUGGUGCUUUGAAUGAUUUGGACAUUUAAUGAGGUACAUUUAUUUUCUUUCGCCAUUUUUGUGUAUUAAGAUUCAAGUUUGUAUUGUUUUUAAAGAAAUUAUAUAUUUUUCAUAUACUAGUUUAUACCAGUAAAUGUAAUUUCACACGUAAAUAUGCACACUAAUUUUCUGCAAGAAUAGAUAAGCUUAGCUGAAGCUGUAGCUUAGCGAUUAGCACACACGCUCCACUCAGGUUGAAAUGCAUUGCUCAUGCAGGAGACAUGCUGGUUAGAACAUGACUUGUUAAUAAAAAAUCAAAAGCUUGCUUCAUUUGUGAAAUUGUACAUUAUAAUUUUUUUCUUUUCUUGCAUUUGCCUUGGUGGGUGCAGUAAAUGUGCUGUAAGCAAUGUUAGCCGUUUUGCUAACUUCCUCUAGCCAUGCCACACAAUUAGACUGAUAACUUCUCUCGAAAGUAACACCCUCCAGCAAAGGAAGGUCCCAACCUGGGCUUGAUUUGGAGUAGCACACUACCGUCCUAUUACUAUUUCUGCCAUAUCUAUAUAUACAGUAUUUCAGAAAUAGUACUAAUAUUGAACUAUUCUGAACAAAGCAACAAUGUUAGCAAACCCAAGUGUUCAAAAUGACUGACAGACAGAUUGUGCGUCAGUCAUUUGAAAUACGGAGCCCCUUUAGAGGACAGAGAGUGAAUUAAUUUAUGGCAGAUGCUAUUUGCACCCUGGUGCAAAUAAUGGUAUAUGCUAUUUACACCCCAGUGCAAACUGUGGCAGAUAUUAUUUGCACCCCAACCCUGGUGCAGAUAGUAUCAGAUACUAUUUGCAACCAUAUUUAAAUACUAACAUACAGUAUUGGCAUCACUCCAGAGUGUUUAUUGUGUUUAUUUAGAAUCCCACAAACAAACUAUAUUAACCCCUACCCCUAAACCUAACCUUAACAUAGGAAAAAAAAAAAAAAAACCUUGGUUUUAGUACAGUAACCAUGGUUUCACACGGGAUCUGUGCAUUCUGUGCAUUCUUGAAAUUCACCGUGACCAUAUCACUGCAAUGAAAUCAACAUUUAUAUCUAUUAUUUAAGUAGUAUUAAAGGAAAUAUUAAGAGUGGAAACAGGAAAUUGUAUGGGAAAAAGAGUGGGACAAAACGCGGAUCCGAACCACGGUCGCUAGGACAACAGUACACAGUCACACACCGUCUUUACACACCAUGCCACUGCAGCAACAACAAUUGGUUAGUUUGUCCUAUAUUUCUGUGGUUCCACCAGACUGUUGAGGUGCAAAUAACUGCCCUGUGUGGCAGAUGCUAUUUACACAUAGUGCAUAGUGCAAAUAGACACUUUUCCCUCUCAAUAGUUUUGCGUUCGCUCACAGAAAGUUUUGCAUUUCUCCGCAAUGGUUUGUGUUCCCUCAAAAUAGCUUUAUCCAUGGUAUGGUAGAUAUAACACAAAUUAACCAUACUGUUACUAUAGUAAAACGAAUAUGUUUUUUGUUGGCAGAAUGAUUAUGCUUUUUAUUACCAAUAUUUUGGUUUUCCUGUAUUUUUACUAUUGAUUUACCAGUCAAAAAACGAAGCGCCACCGUAACACCUGAUAAAUCCCGUUAGCAGGUGCAAAGGAAAAAUUGAAUUAGAGAAUAACCAAAGGAAUGAAUCCCGCACACUGAUGUUGCUUGCUCUCUGUGUAUAAAUGUAUUAAUGCAACAUUUCGGUCAUGCGACCUUCAUGUAAACAAUGCCUGAUGAAGGUCACAUGACCGAAACGUUACAUUAAUAAAUGUAUACACAGACUGCAAGCAACAGCAGUGUGCAUGAUUCAUUCCUUUGGUUAUUCUACUAUUGAAGAAAAUAAUUAAAAAUAUAAUGGUUGAAAUAUGGUUACCGUAGUAAAACCAUGGUAAUUUUGUGGUUAUGGUUUUACUACAAAUACCAUAGUUGAACUAUAGUUAAAGUAGUAAAACAGUGGUUGAUUUUCUUAGGUGAUCGAUAAAGAACUGCAAGGAAAUGUAAAAUAAUUGUGAGGGAAAACAAAACAUAUUGUAAGGGAACUAAAAACGAAUUGUGAGGGAACGCAAAACUAGUUCCGAAAAUAAAUUCCCUCCCUAUACUCUAAUAGGACACCAACAGUAUUUGUUGAUAUCAGUCAGGAUGUACAUGUAAAAAAAAUUUAAAAACACCUACAGCACCUUUAACCAAGCCAUCUAAAACCAUUUAAAAAUAGAAUAUUUUUUCAGCAUUAAAAGGUUUAAUAAGUAAGGGAUAAUGUACAGUCAGCCGGUUGUUAUCGCACAAUAAACCCUGACAGGGUGAUCAGGACCCCGACACGAAGCGGAGACUCUUGUAUCACCCUGAAGGGGUUUAUUUUGCAAUAACUACUGGCUGACUGCACAUUAUCCUGCUUAUUACACGGCUACUAACCAAGUAAAGAAAUUCAUGGACAUAAAAUAUUUAUUUGCGUUGAAAAUAUGUAAUUUGAGAAGAAAUUGCUGAAGAGCUGAAAUCAACCUCUGAUUUGCAUCAGAGUUCUGUUGGUGUUUACUUUGUAAAAAUGACCGUCUGACUCCUCAAUAUUCAGCCUAUUACAAGACUACAUGCCAAAUAAAUAAAUGCACAUGAAACAUUGAUUUGAGUUCAAACCGUUUUAUUAGCUUUCUUGUAGAGAUUGCACAGUGAUCCGAGAAGCAGGAGAGAGGGCUCGCAGAACCCGGAUGAGCGGUCUGAUACGUCUUAAUCCCUGGAUGCACGGUUGUUACAGAGUAAUAUCUGACCGCUGGAUGGCACCAUUGACCAAUUAGAAUAGAGCAGCGGUGUCAAGCUCAGUUCCUGGAGGGCUGCAGCCCUGCAGAGUUUAGUUCCAGCCCUGCUCUAAAAUGCCUCGUUGUAAUCUUCAAGCACUCCUGAAGACCUUGAUUAGCUGCUUCAGGUGUGUUUAAUUAAGGUUGGAGCUAAACUCUGCUGGACUGUGGCCCUCCAGGAACCGAGUUUGACACCCCUGAAAUAGAGUAUUCCAGAGAGCCAUGUAAUAACAUGACUUAGCUAUUGUUUUAGCAUUCGCAUCAGACAUUAGAAGUCUGAGCAAAGAACAACACUGGAAUUUUUAUGCCUUCUUUAACUUAAUUCAAGUCAUGUCAUUUUUAUUUGUAUAGCACUUUUCACAAUACACAUCAUUUAAAAGCAGCUUUACAGAAAAAUCAUACUGUAUUUCUGUGGAAAAAGAAAUAAAGUUUCUUCCAACAAA